UGAACAUUAGAUUGCCGCGGUUAUGAUUGUUGUUCGCUACACAUACGUGUUGUAAUCUAGUUCUUAUUCUGAUAGUACUAGUUGUAAUUUAUUAGCCAUCGAGAAAGUAUCAAAACACAGUCAAUCUACUACUUAAUCAAAUAUGACUAUUGGGACGAUGGAAGAGCGUAAUCAGGACGCCACAAUUUAUGUUGGUGGUCUUGAUGAAAAAGUCAAUGAGUCAAUUCUUUGGGAACUUUUUCUUCAGGCAGGUCCGGUGGUCAAUGUUCAUAUGCCCAAGGAUAGAAUAAAUAUGCAGCACCAAGGCUAUGGAUUCGUCGAGUUCAUGACAGAGGAAGACGCUGACUAUGCUAUGCGUAUUAUGAAUAUGAUCAAAUUAUACGGGAAACCUAUUCGUGUUAACAAAGCAUCAGCAAAUCAAAAAAAUCUCGAUAUUGGUGCUAAUAUUUUCAUUGGUAAUUUAGAUCCUGAAGUAGAUGAAAAACUAUUAUACGAUACUUUCAGUGCAUUUGGUGUUAUCCUUCAAACACCAAAGAUUAUGCGUGAUCCUGAGACAGGAAAUUCUAAAGGUUAUGCAUUUAUCAAUUUUGCAAGUUUUGAAGCUAGUGAUGCAGCCAUUGAAGCAAUGAAUGGACAAUAUUUGUGUAAUCGUGCCAUUACAAUAUCUUAUGCAUUCAAGAAAGAUAGUAAAGGAGAACGUCAUGGUUCAGCUGCCGAGCGUUUGUUAGCUGCUCAAAGUCCACUUUCACAAGCUGAACGUCCACAUCAGUUGUUUGCAGAUGCUCCACCGCCUCCUCCUCCUCCGCCACCACCUCCACCCACAUUACUUGCAGGCAAUAUGGGCCAUUCAAUCACAUCGAUGACACCGAUGAGAAUACCUGCUUUAGCAUCAUCAACAUUAAUGAUGCCACCACCGCCUCCUCCUCCGCCGCCAGCUAUUCAUCAUCAGAAUACUUUAAUGAUGGGAGGAGGAUAUGGUCAGUCUGUUAUGCCUGGACCAAUGGCACCACCUCCCCCGCCUCCUCCACCUGCACCAAUCUUACCAGUGCCAGUGCCUGUCGUCGCUCCAUCCGCCGCCGCGGCUUCAACAGCUUUUCCACCUCCUCCACCACCGCCUUCACCGUCAGCUAGCUUUCCUGCACCACCGCCACCACCACCUCCCACAUUCCAAGGAUUUCCAAACCCUGGGCAGUCUAACGGCCCACCACCACCGCCGCCGACUGGUGUACCUCCUGUUGCAUAAAAAACUAAUGUCGAACAUAUUUUGUUUGUUUGUUAUUUUUAAGGUUUAAUUCAAUGUAAAUUUUUCUAAAGCAGUAUUUAUCCUGUAAUAAUAAUGAGUGUUGAUUUGAAUGGAUU